ACUUUGCGCACUCUUGUAUUGACCGUCAACCGCCGCGCGCGUAUAUUAAACAAGAAUUAAAUAUUGUGAAGAGUAAUCGUGAUGGAGAAGGAGCACCAGCCGGAUUCCAUGGCUACUAUCACCAUGAAGCCGGAGUACCCGCCUUCGGAGUACAGCGCUUCGGAACCGCCACCGGCUUAUCGCCAAAGGCUGUCCUCAUCAGUCCAGAUCGCGCGUAUCGCCGCCCUGACGAUCAUAGCAUCAUCCUUCAUCCUUGGAUCCUUCAUCCUGGCGUCCAGCUGGGUGGCGGCGCGCGCCUCGUGCCAUCAGCUCGAACAACUCGACGCUAUGCUCGACAAGGAGCUGGCUCUUGAGGGCCGCUCGUAUGGAAAUGACGCGUUAAUGCCCGAAGAGCUGCCGAUCGCCAACGCGCACGCUCUCCACGCCGCCCCGCCCGUGGUGGAGGUGACGUCAGCGCCCGCGCCCAAGCCUGCCGCGCUGUCUCCUGACAGCUUGCUGAAGGCGGAUCCCCUCCAUCACUCUGAGACUAAAGUCGAUGAAGACAAAAUGCAGAAAAUCGACGACGAUAAGACUGACACGGCGAACUCUGGCAGCGACGAGAGCUCCGAGUCCGACAGCUCCGGCGAGGACGACGAAGACGACCUCAUCCGACCAAUGUUCAAGCUGCCCAUCCAGUUCGACCUCGACGAACUCGCCGGCGCAUUCUUAGCUAACAGCCAAAAAGGCCGUAUGAACUGCGUUGUGGAGAGACGCAAUGAGGAGCCCAUGGAGAGGCGGUUCCCCUUCAACAUCCUCGGAGCUUUCGCCCCUCGCAGUGCUCAGGCUGAGCGCAUCGCUAUCAUCUGCCAUGGUGGUGAUGGCGAAAGAGCUGGCCCAAUGUUCCCUGACCCCCAGUCGCAAGUGUUCGCCUUCCCCCUGUCAGGGCCAGUGCGCCUGCCCAUCAGACCAGCGCCGGCUCAAGAGCGUCCCGAGCCCAGGGGACCCUUCGGCAUGCCGCAGAGAAACUCACCCUUCCCGCUGCCGAUGCCAUGGGACUCCUCCGAGGAGCAGCAGAUGAGCGGCCCCCGUGAGAUGCGCAUCCACGUGCAGCGCGUCAUCGCCAUCCCCUCUCCACACAACAUGCCCCCCGCGCCCGAGAGCAUGGGCCCCUUCCCACCCCCUCCGCCGCCCCAGCAACAGGAGAAUGAGCAGCCCGGAGUAAUGACGAUGCCCCGCCAAAUGCGUGUGAUCGCUAUCCCCUCGUCUCACAACAUGCCGCCAGUUCAAGAAGCCAUGGGUCCCUUCCAGCCGCCACCGCCUCCCCAGGCUCAAGACCAGAAUGAACAAUCAGAUGUCCUGCAUCAGUUCGUCCCUCAAACAGCUCCCACACAGGACAUGGAACAGCCUGAAGUCCAGAAGAUGCAAAUGGAAGGUAGCCCCAUCCAGAUGAACCUGCCCUGGGACCUGACUCCCGAGGACCUGCACAUGAUCCACCGCACCGCGCAGGAGGCUGUGGCCAACCAGCGUCGGGAACAACAAAUUGACAACGACAUGCAAGAGGUGAAGACCAUAGUGAACACGCUGGCCGCUGCCGAAGCCGAGUCGGAGCAGGCGCAGGCACAGGACAGAGAGCAGAUGCCGCGCGCGCCCCGCACGCUUCUGCUGCCGCAAGACAUGCCCGUCGACCAGAGGCCACAUUACAUGCAGCCUCGCUCGGUCCGCAGCGUAGAUUCGCCGCUGCAUCGUGAAAAGCGCGUGAAGCGUUGCUCCUGCGCUUGCCGUUAAUGCAUUUCUGCGCUAAUUUACAAUUCGUCAUUGCGCAAAGUUACAAUUCAUCACUGCGCAAAGUUACAAUUCGCCACUGCGCAAAUCUAAAACACUGCGCAAUUGAUGCAACAUGCGUGACGUUCUCCGUCCAUCCCUUAAAGUAGAUUUUGUUACACAUUCGGUUUCGGUUAAUGUAAAUAAAAUUAGUACUUUUACAUUCCUGUUUAUUUUUACAAUUUUGUGUUAAGUUAUUGUGACGGAUAUUAAUUGUAUUUUAUGUCAUUCCAAUUUAUUGUGAAACGUUUUAAUAAUUAUUUUUUAAGAAUUCUUUUUAGCACUAUAACAAAUAAGGCUCAAUUUAAAUGAUUUAUUGUACAGUUUUUGUUUAAUUUGUAAUACCGUACCGUGUUUACAAAGCCAUCGGGGUGUUAUGGUAAUAUUAUAACAUUAAAUUAAAUUUUACCUACAUUUGUGAUCCUAAAUUAAAAAUUUAUUAGUUUUAAA